AUGGUAACAUAUAGUUUCUCUACAAAACUAUCCAAGGAUUAUGUUUCAUUUUAUGAAAACGGAAAAGAAUGUGCUGACGUUAUAAUUCGAGCAGGGAGAGAAGGAAGCGUUGAAGAAUUUUAUGCGCAUUCGUUCGUACUUUUAAUUCGUUCGAAUUACUUUCGUAAAGAAUUAGAGGGGGUUAAAGAAAAGAAUGCCGAUAAUAAAAUCAUUAUUGAAAAGCCUGAUAUUAAUCCAAAAUUAUUUGAUAAAAUCCUCAGCUCAGCUUCUCCACCACCCGCUGCUGAAAAUUUUAAAGAGACGGCGGAUGUUUCAUUAUGGACGAGAGAUAAAUUUAGAGAUUUGUCAAAUACUCUUAAGCAAUUUAUUCCAUUAAUUGACUUUUAUAAGAUCAAACCAGAAGACUUUUAUGAGAAAGUUAAACCAUUUAAGAAAAUUAUCGAAAAACCGCUUUUUGAAGAUAUCCUCAAAUAUCACAUAGUAUCCUCCAAAAAUUUGGAUUCAACUACAUCAAAAUCUACAUCACAGCCUACAUCAUCUCCUACAUCUACAGCUUCUUCACCACAAAAAGAUAGACCGGAACCGAUAUUUAAUAUUAGAUUAAAUUCAAUAUUAGAUUUAGAUCAUUUCCGAUUGUUUACAAAAUGGAUAAAUGAAACCACAGAUAUAUCAUCUAAUUCAGAUAUUUGUAGACCUAGACCAGGCAGUUCGGGUAUGGUUGGAAAUAUCCCUAACCAUGGUCCUACUUUUAAUGGUGCUUUGUAUCUUAAAGGAGAUUUUGGCAGAGAAUAUGGAUCUAUUUGUAAAGGUAAUGCUUAUACCGUUCAUAUCAGAGACAUACAAGCUCCAUUCCUUGUAGAAGAGCUCGAAGUUUAUCAAGUAAUCAAAGAAGUCCAUGGAUCAAAUCCUUAA